CCGGAUUAAUGUCACAUCAACCGAAUGGUUUUGCAAUCAUUAUCGCUUAUUUGAUCAGGAUAGAAAAUGGCGACAAGUGGGUGUUUAACUCGUUCAAAACAAUAUUUAUCAGGCCGAAAUAUUGCUUGUGUUCCGUGUAGGAGUAGGAAUAAGAGGGGGAAGACGAAUAGAGGUGUUAAAUAUUGUGUGGACUGCCAAGAGUUUUUGUGUACUGUGUGCGUGAAUAAACACAACAGUGUUUCUGUUUUCGCUGGACAUUCUUUACUUGAUAGGUCAAAAUUUAGAACAUUAGGCGGAUCAAAAGACGGACAUUCUGCGUCUUUGCGAACAAAGAGACACAAGUUACAUUCCACGAAAGUAUUAGACACAGGUCAAAGGAGACGCUCAGACAAGCGCCAAAGGGAAAAGCUAGUAGAACCAAGAACCAAGUUAUAUACAUUUGAACAUGUAGGCACACACAACAUAAAUCUACCUAUAAACAUAGAUAUCACUCAGGUAUGGAUGUUAUGCAUACUCGAUUCUGGCGACAUACUUCUUGCUGACCGUUAUUACAAAAUUUUGAAACUUCUAGAUGGCAGAACAUACUGUAUUAAAGACAAAGUUAAGAUUCCCCAUAUACCUACAUCAGUAUGUAAAGGUCGGACACAUGAGGCAAUAGUCGCUUUAGAAAAUGAAGGCAUACAAUUCGUAUCUACGAAGAAGAAUCUUGUUCUUACCAAUAUAUUAAGGAUGGAUCAUAUUUGCUUGGGCGUCUGUAUGAUUUCUUCGAAUAUUUUUGUCACUGACGGUAUAAACAGAAAUAUUUUUAAGUAUGACUUAAAAGGAAAACUACUAAAGAUAAUUUCUGGAGAAACAAUAUUUGGAUGGAACCGAUUUUUAGUUGCCAGUGACGAUGGAAAAGCUCUGUUUGUAACUGAUAAGAACGAAGGAUUGGUAAAAAUGGAUCUUGAAGGCAAUGUCAUCUGGAAACUACCAGAAAACGGUUUUAGAGGAGCGCUCGACUUAUGCAAAGACGGAUUUGAAAAUAUUUUCGUUGCUUGUCAUGAUUCGAAUAAUGUAGUUCAAGUAACAUAUGAUGGGGAGUGUCUAGGUGAGGUGGUGAAAGGUACGCAUGGAACUAAAAUAGCGGGGAUUUGUUUCGACAGAAAUACAUCAAAACUUGUAGUUGGAGAAAUGGAUGGGAGCAGGAUACAUGUUUAUUCUGUGAAGGAAGAAAAAUGACACUCGUAGGAGAACUACACACCUCGUUUUUGUUCUACAGAAGGUGAUAUAAAAUGACAAAACAACUGUGAUAUGAAAUGACAAAAAACUGUGAUAUAUUUUAAUGACAAGAAAAUGAUAAGAAAUAAUUUGUAUAGAGGUACAUAAGCAAUGUUCAGUAGUGGCACUGUGCCUUUUGGUCUAGAAAGAAAGCUAUCACUGUCAAUCUGUCGAAGAACGUCUCUGUUUUCAUUGCAGAAAGUCAUUAGCAAAUGAAAGUCACUACUACUAUUAUAAAAGUCAUAAUUAUUUGGUUUUAUAGGUUAAGGUCAACAAGUAAAUGAAGAAAUAAACAUUUUUUUCUGACACAGUAAAUGUUGCUUUCUACGGAUUAUAUUUAUCCAAGCGCUAAAAAGCUUAAUAAUGCUUAAUAAGAUUUGAAACAGAGGGAAUAAGAUUUGAAACAGAGGGAAACUUGUUUAAUUUUAUAAGAACGUGUUUACUUUAUCAAGAUUUAGUUAAUACUUCUUUUAAAGCAUUGUAAACAUGUGUCUGUAAUGGUUUUAAUGCCAGUCGGUAUGACAUUUGCUUGUGCAGAGGUAAUUAAAAAUCUGGAAAAAUCUAGAAAACAUACACCAUUUGGCAGAUUAGACAUUGACUGUAUUAAUUUUGAUAGUAUGGUUUGUAUAGAAGGUAAUUUUCAAACCUUGUGUUUUUAAAAAUUUAGGCGACAAUGAAACCAAUGACAAUUUAUAUAUUAUGUUUGCUAAGUCACUGUAUAAACAUGUACAUAUAAUAAUAUUGCUAUAUGCUGUAAUAUUAGAUGUAGCUUUUUUUGCAAGUAUUGUUUAGAAUUUUAUAACCUUUUUAUAAAUCAUAAUGACUGACUAUGUAUUUUAUAAAUGACUUUGUGUUUUAAUCACAACAGUUUACUCAUUUAUUGAUUCUCUAACAAGCAUAUCUUAAUACACAUAUCAGAACACACGACUAAAUAUGUGACUUUACAAACUAAAUAUUAGUUGGUUCCAGAUGAAAUAUGUUUACGGCUUUUAACAUAUUUGAAGCAGUAAUUUUGUGCAUAAGGCCAUUAAUCUUUAGAAGUUGAUUCAUGGAAAUUGUCGUUAAUAAUAAAUAUCGUCCUAAAUAUCAUUUUCACACUUACUAUGAAACGUUUCUUUUUUGAUAAAUGAAAACAUAUCAAUAAAUAAUUAAAAUAACAUAUAUCAUGCUCUAGCUUACAUUUCCACUUUUAAAAUCUUUAUAAUUAGUUUAAAUGUACUUAUUCUCUAUAAAAAAAAUACCUGAUAUGUAACCAUUGUUUAUUCUUGCAAUAAAAUAAUCUGUAAUAUGUUUG